GUCAUCUAGAGCCUCAACUGAUCAUUUAAUAAAGAGAAAAUGCCUGAAAGUAAGAAAAUGAAACGUGAGGUCACGUUCCUCAAAUUGUCAUUACUGCUUUUCCAUUGAACCCUUUUGUAGCAUCUAAUAUUUUAAGCUGUUGAGUCAGCAGAGUGCAUUAUUGCACUUGUUUGAAAGGUGAACAAUGGCUGCUGCCCAUUUUUGUGUGGGGAAACUGAACAUUUUAAGCAUUUUUGUUUACUGCCACCAAGCAGACCAGUGUGUGAACAUCAUUUGCCUCUGCAUACGUCGAUGAAAGCAGUCUGACUUCAGUGAUUACCUGUGUGCCAAUAUGUCAGGUUUAGCCACUGGUCCCAUUCAGCAGCUUAAUCCACCAGAGCAGGACACUGAGCGCUGUAAGAGAAAACACAGCGACUCUUGCCAAGAUUGUGGGCCUUCCUCCAGUUCAGCAAGACACAAAGGACUCAACUGUUCACCUGCUAGAGAAAUAGCAGAACCUAAAAGAAGAAAGCUUGUCUUACACUUUGAUUUAAAUAACACUAUUGUGGUCUCUGAUGCUGCCACAAAGCAAGACACAGUGAAGGCUCUGGACUACUUUUUGUCCACUGUCACAUGGGGCAGAUUGGAUAAAGAAGGCAGAUGGGAAUGGCUGAGCGAUUUACCUUCUCUCCUUCCGCCAUGCCCAGGGGCAGUUUCCUACUACUACCAAUUUGGGCGUGUACCAGCUUUCACCGAGUCUGCUGAUGGUGUACAGUUCAGGAGAAUUCUUGAGUAUCAUCUGUCACUGCUGGAGUGGCAUGGUGAGGAAGACAAGGUGCUGUCCGUAAGUGCAGAAGAUGGCAAGGUAUAUCACUGGAUUCUGCCUGCUUUCUUCCAGCUGCUACAGGCAUUGAGCUCACAGCACAGAGAGUUUGCCAUCCUGUUCAGAACGUUUGGCACAGAUUUGCCACGUGUCUUAGUUUCAAUGCAGAAGGUGUUGAAGGAAGGGGGCCAUCCACUAUUCUGUGAUAUUCAAUCAUCACAUGUAUCUUUAACUAUAACCCCUGGUCGCAUACGCUGUAGCAAGAAUAAUGUGAAACUUACGAGAGGAAAUGAUAAAGUUAUUUCAAGGGGAGAUGACAGGAGGUUGUACCAGUAUUUCAGUUCUCUGCAAGGGAUUGGAGGAUUUCAGGAUCAUUUUGAUUGGUGGGUACGCAACAGCUUUUCAAGUUUGGGGGGUAAGCCAGUUUGGAUUGACCCCUAUGAUCCUGAUGUACAGCACAUUUUUAUUGAUGAUAAUAUUCGACUGAAUGAUGCAGAUACAAUUGUCAAUCCAAAGGUAUUUAUUGAUAAAGAAAGUCACCUGACACGUACAGCCCCAACUUCAGAGUUCUACAAUGUUAACCUUGUUCAGACUGACCUCUUGAUGGCCAUUUCUAACCAAAACUACUUCAUUGAUUGUAUCAGAGCUUGUGAAGAGAACUAUGAAAAAUACCUCCAAGAAUCAGAUAACUAGACAACUGCACAGGUUAUUUGAGAGUUGAGUGUCAUUUUUGUGGACUUUGACAUUAGCAGCCCAAGCAUGAGAGAAGCCCACAGUAGUGUUUUUUUUUUUAAAGCAGAAGUGAUAGCAGUCAGCUCGUAACUUGAUAAAGGAAAACUACAUUGUACCAAAUGCUGUUAUACAUUGGACAGAUGCAGUGAGGCACUUUAGUUUAUUACGGAGUAUGUAAAGGUUUCAAAGGUGGUGUGUGGUAGGUUUCCACUCAAUCCAGUUUACUUGAUUCUCUUUUAUGUGUUUAAGAAUGGUUGAUGAAGCUUGAAGAGCCACACUGUGUUCUGUGUGUCAUUUGGUUUUACAGUAACUUAUGUAGAAUGAACAAAAAGUAUAUUUUGCAAGUGUAAGUUAUAUUUUAAAAGGUGUGGCGGAUGGCCAGGGUCCAUGCCCGGCCAGGACGCCCCUUCUCUAUAUGGUCCAGGGGAACAGACAUGGGCUGCACAAUACCUCCCCCAGGGUUCUGGAUGGCAGCCCCUCUGGGUUGCAGCGGUGCCUCUGACUCCCGUAGGGCUUCAUGGGAGUUGGAGUUGGCUACAGCCCUGUUGGGAUCUGAGGGUGCCACCUGGGAGUGCUGCAACAACUGCUGAGCCCACUUAGGCGGGUUUUCUGCCACAUCCGGAAGUGCUGCCAGAAGUUGGUCAACGAGCGCCUGGAGCACUUCUGGGGGUGUUGUAAAAUGAGCCAGCAGUCGUUACUCCGGGGGCCGGAGUCGGUAGGAAGAGGACGGAGCUUGCAGGAAAGGAGUGGAGGCGGUGAAGAAAAGGCAAUAAAAAGAGAAAGGAGUGGAAAAGGACUGUGAGUCUUUGGGCACUGUGUUUGUGUUUUGAAGAGGAAACGAAAAUAAACCGUGUGUGUUGUGGACAUCUGGUGUCGUGUCUGUCUGUGUCCGGGGUAUCUUUCACAAAGGGUUAUUAAAUAUUCAAUACAUUUACUUGUUUUCUUUCUCAUAAAUCUAAGUAGGGACUGCAUGGCAGGCACCGUGUGUUGGGUAACGUAUUUCACUGUAGGAACUCGCGUUUCAGUCCAAGCCUGUGCAGAGUUUGUAUGUUCUCUACGUGCGUGUGACUUUCUGCCUAAAAUAUGCAUCUCAGUUGGGUUAGCAGUUGUCAGUUAACCUGGUAUGAGACAUCAGAAAGCCAAGAAUGCUGUGCUGUUUUCCAUUGCUUAUUUUCUGUGAAUGUUAGCUAUUAAAACUUAUAUAAUCUUGAAGAAAUUAUUGUGUUCUCAUUUCUCAAAUUGACAUCAUAUUGGUAUAGUGGCACAGUAGUUAAGGAUGCUGCCUCCUAGGAAUGCGAGUUCAAAUGUCAUUCAGUGUCUGUGUGACUUUUGCCUGUUUUGUGUGGUUUUUCUAUGGAUAUUCCAUUUUCUUUGCCAAUCCCCAGAUAAGAAGGUUAAGACAAUCGGUGUUGCUAAACGGGCAAUAUGGUAAUAGUGAAUAUGAACAUGUCUGCAUUAGAGUUAUGUGCAGUGGCCUGGCAUCCCAUCCUCGAUGGGCUGCUGUCUUCUGUCAGAUUUUGCUACAGUGGGCAAUGGAUUAACUCUUUAAUGAAAUAAAGGGGUUAAGUAAAAGGCUGUAAGUACUAAAAGCUGAGCUAGA